GGUGCUGUUACUUGCGACGUCGGCGUUCGCCAUGCCAAGUGUCCUACCCACGGGAAAUUCUCAGAACGACCAAGUUGUUGCCAACCAGCAGAUUGCUGUUGAUCAAGCUUCCAACGUCGUAGGCAAACAAAUCGUAAACGAUCCUGUUCAAACUGAUGCUCAAGUAGAUCAACCCAACGCAAACAACGCCUUCUUCGAUCAAAAUCAACGAGGUGUCGCGCAAAAUGAUCAACAAGUCAUAGUAUUAGGUGGACAAGUGGGACGAAUAACCGGCGGUCAAGAGCCCGUUCAGCAACAAGCUCAGCCGAGCGUAGCUAAUAGUAAAGUCGUAGCAACCAGUCCUGUCAGCUCGAUUCCAGUCCAGACUGUGUUUGACAGCCAUUCUCCCGAUCAAUAUGUUAUGGCCGGAAGCUACAUCGUCGAUCAAGGUGUUGUCCUCCCUCAAUUACAAAUGGAUGUUAUACUAGCUAGCCUCGCAAUUGACGAGCAAGCGGCCAAUGAUAAAAUUGUACAUCAGGAGAUCGGGAUCAAUCCUGACGGAAGCUUCCGCAACAUAUGGAGCUCGAAUAAUGGAAUAAAUGUACAGGAGACCGUCGUUAAACGCGUAGAUGACACCGAUGUGGCUGUGCAACAAGGAAUGGUAUCGUACAUCGACAAUAAGGGAAAUCCAUUCCAACUCGAGUACGUGGUCAAUGAGACUGGCUUCCAUGUAACGGAUCCCCAUAUUCCUACUUCACCGCCAAUGCCCAAAGCGAUCGUUAGGGCCUUGCAGUUUAUUCUUGAUCAGCCCUCAACUGAGGCUCCGGUCGAGACCACUACAAUCCAAGACGAAAGUUCAAGCGAACAACCAGAACAAGCUGUUACCGACGAGACCACCACAAUCCAAAGCUAAAACCUAAGCGAUCAACCAGAACAAUAACCUUCCGUUGUCGAUAACUGAGCAGCGGAAUUUUUUUGUUUAGUUAGAAGUGAUUUGCUUAUCAAACUUGUACGUGUAUGAGUACUACAUAAU